GGGAGAGCGAGAGAGACCCUGGAGAGGAGACUGGAAGAUGCGAGGAGUGUGGAGGCUAGACUGAAUAAAAAAGCGGGGUGGAAAAGAGAAGAGGGAGACAGAAAUUCAGAUAAAGAGAGAAAAUGAGAGACAAAGCCAGGAAAGGAGGAGGCGAAGGAAGACAGUGAAGGAGAGGGAGAGACGUGAGAGGUAGAUAUGGAAGACAGGAGGUGAGGAAGAGCAGAGGGGCAGCCAGAACAGAGACGAGUGAGGACCAGGCGUGCAGAUAGGGCUGGAGAGGAGAGCCUAGACAGGGAAGAUACACACUGAGAAAGAAAGGGAGAACUGGGAAUGGGCAGCGUAAGAAAAACGGGCGGAGAGAAACAAGAUGGACAUGGAACCUGGGAGCCCCAGAGGACCAGUUCUGAGCUCGGCCUCAGGGUGGGUGCUUAUCCUGGGGCCCCUCCCACCUGCAGCCGACUGACUUUGGCCAAGUGGUUUCCGGGCUCAGGGGUGCAGGUAACAGCCUCACCCCUGAGUUGGAGGAGUCUAGGAGACAGGACCCUGGUUGGUGUCAUUACUCCUGGCUCAUAGCUGUCACCCUAAAGGUUCAGAGUGGGGGGGAAAGGUAGAAGAGACGGAUUGUUCUGAGAGGCACUCCUGGUACCCAGGAGCCCUUAAGCUCAGGUCUGGGGGUCCGAAACCUUGAGGGGUUUCAGGAGGGGGGCAGAUUACCAAGACAAACGAGGCCCUCUCCCUCCAGCACUCCAAAAGCCAGCUCUCUUCCCAGGGUGCCUCCUUUGAGGGACAUUCCUGUGGUUGUACCCAGGGUCUGAGGGCGGGGGAUUGACCCCUGGGUCUGACAGAGAACUGAGUCUGAGGGCUCUUGGGUGUGGAGCACUGGAUCUGAGGGAGGAUUGGGACCUGGACCUCUGACUCUGUGGUAGGAAGUACACCUGGAUCUGAGGGGGCCUGGAGUCUGGAUCCCUGGCUUUGGAGGAGGGGGAAUGGGGCCUAGAUUGUGCCAGAAGAGCUGGGACUGAAUUCCUGGGUUCCUUGGGGAGGAGGAGGGGGCCGGGGGCCCGGACUCCUGGGUCCUGGCACCCACCCGUAGAACCGACCUUGCGGGGCCUUCGCCGCACACAAGCUCGUGUCUGUGGGUCCGUGUCGGGGGCUCACCAUCGCGGCUGGGACCUCCCCGGCCCUCCCCACCCUCCUUACUUCUCUUGGUCCCCCAUCAUUCCAUCUGUCAAUCUGCCCACCUGCCGCGCCCCCCGGGCUGAGGUAGGAGGUUGUAUAGUUGAGGAAGACACCCGAGGAGAUCACUAUACGGCCUCCUAGCUUUCCCCAGGCUGCGCCCAGCACGGGAAGGGGCCGGCGGGGACCCCAAGUUCACACCACUGCCCCAGAGUUCCUGGGAGGAGCUGGGGUGUCUUCUCUGUCCACACCCUGUGUCCUAGCUCUUUUCUUUGCCGUCUCUCUGCCAUCAGGAGAUUUCCACGUUUUCUGUCUCUGUCUCUUACCCCGCCGUCUCCGGGGGUUCUAGAAGCUUCUGUUUCUCUAGUGCUGUGAAUCUAUCUCUGUGACAUUGUGGGUCUCAGAGCCUCUUGGUAUCUCUCCAGGUUUCUCUGUCUUCUUUGCCCAUUUUCUGUCUUCAGGGACUCAGUGUAUCUGUGUUUCUCUCUCAUUUCCCUGCUCCCACCUCUGGGGAAGAGGGCUUUUCUGGUCCACCAUAGCUAAAUUGCCGGCCUCUGGGUCCCUGAGACCCUUUAACCUGUGAGGACGUCCGGGUCACAGGUGAGGUUCUUGGGAGCCUGGCGCCUGGCUCAGCCACAAAUGUAGGGAUUGCAAGUGACCCCUGACAACCUUCCUCUAGAUGGAGCCUGGCACUUGACCACCAGCUGAAAGACAAUCUCUGAUCUUAGGCUACAGCUCCCCCUCCCCCACAGUGACCUCACAAAGGUUACUAGCUUCUCCUCAGACCCAGAGACCCUCUGAGAUGGCCCUUGUUGCCCUGGUGGGGAGCACUGUCCUGUUCCCACUGAUCUUCAGGGCAUCCACGUGGGCCUGUCUCUUCUGCUUCACUACCCAUGAGGAACGCCUCCGUGUCUGCCGGAUGUUUGUGGGCACAGAGGGCUCCAAGCUGGGCCAGUGUAAAGAUGCUCUCACAGCUGCCUUUAAGGGUCUCUCAGACAUGGAAAUCAACUAUGAUGAGCGGAGCCACCUGCAUGACGCCUUUACACAGAUGACCCUCUCCCUCCAGGAGGUGGCUGCAGCUCAUGGGUCCUUUAAGGCCGCUUUCCCUAGUGCUGCCGCAAAAAUGAAGAGGACCAUUCAUCACCUUAAAAAAGUCCAGGACUGCAUCCUUCCUUGUGGCGUCCAGGAGGCCACUAGGCGUUUCCACUGCUGGGGCUGCUUCUCCACAAUCUGUGACCUCCCUCUAGACUGUCCAGUUCAAGACGUGACGGUGAAGCGAGGGGAUCAGGCUUUGUUUUCUUGUAUCGUGGGGUUCCAAUUGCCA